GCGCUCUUGGUCUGAGACUCUGAGACUCUGAUCCGGGACUUGGAGGACACACGCAGCGCGCUGGACCUGGUCUGGUCCUGGUUUAGUCCCGCUUUAGUCCCGGUUUAGUCCCGCUUUAGUCCCGGUUUAGUCCUGGUUUAGUCCGGGUCCACUAUGAGCGCGCGGUGAUCCUGCUGCUGUCGGAAUGGCUCGGGUUUUUUCGGGCCUCUUCGGGAUUUUCUUUUUUCUCUUCUUGGGGCUGGAGUCGUGGACGCGCGGCGCGGGACACACGGGCGCGUUCACGAGGGUGUACGUGGUCCAGCCCGGGUCCGGACCUGGGUCUGGACCCGGGUCCGGACCCGGGACCGGACUCGGGGACGCGCUCAGGGUCAGCUCCAUCGCCACGGCCACGCGACACACGCACGCGCACGGUGGAGCGCAGAGCCGCACGCGCAGGAUGGGCGCGCAGCAGACGCACAAGCACGUGCUCAAAGUGUCCGGGGUGAACGUGUGUGGAGGUCAGUGCUGUCACGGCUGGAGCGCGGCUCAAGGUUCUCACCGCUGCACCAAACCGAACUGUGUGCCUCAGUGUGUGAACGGGGGCAUGUGUCUGAGGCCUCAGCUCUGCGUCUGUAAACCCGGGUCCAAAGGUCAGUCCUGCGAAAUCCAGACCGGACCGGAACCGGACCAGACCCACGUCCAGACCAACGGGGUCCCGACCACCGACGUCCAGACCCCCGCGGUCCAGACCCCCGCGGUCCAGACCCCGAACCUGGUCCCGCAGAGACCCAUCCCACAGCAGGUCCUCCCUCACGGAUAUGUCCAGACCAGAGUCCAGACCGGGAUCCAGACCGGGAUCCAGACCGGACCCAUGAAGUACUCAGUGAAGCCUCAGUACAUCCAGCAGCACGUCCAUCAGCAGAUCCGUCCUGCUCAGAUGGUUCCAGGACAGAGUCAGUUCUACCUGAAGCCCAAAUAUUACCACAGCACCCACAGCACCCACAGCACCCACAGCACCCACAGCCUCCCCACCCACCCCCAGAGCCGACACCCGCACCUGGACAGAGCCAUCCCCCUGUCGGUCGCCCCACACCCGCAGUACGGAGGGAAUCACACCGGGAGGAUUAAAGUCGUCUUCACUCCGACCAUCUGUAAGUUCACCUGUGUGGGCGGAGCCUGUCGAAACACCUGUCAGCAGGGAAACACCACCACCAUCAUCAGCGAGAACGGACGAGCCACAGACACACUCACCGCCCCCAGCUUCAGAGUGGUCGUGUGUCAUCUUCCGUGCAUUAACGGGGGGAAGUGCAGUUCUCGGGACAAGUGUCAGUGUCCGCCCACUUUCACCGGAAAGUUCUGCCAGAUGCCCGUUCACACCCCGGGAGAGCAGCAGCCGCAGGGGGCACCGACAGGGGCCGCGACAGGGGGACAGGUGCACUCCACACACACCCUGCCACUCUCCUACGGCAACGGACACACCCCAGUUCAUAAUCCGAGUUUCGUGAACGUUCACGUCAAACAUCCCCCGGAGGCGUCGGUCCAGGUGCACCAGGUGUCACAGGUGGACAGCUUCAGCUCCGCCCACUCCUCACCUGGCUCCGCCUCCUCCUCUCCUGGCUCCGCCUACGUGUACUCGCCUGGCUCCGCCUACUCAUACUCGUACAGUUACAAAAUGCCGCAGCAGUCGAGUUUCCCGGUGUCCAAGAACACGCUGGGCCGAUGCUUCCAGGAGACCACCGGCACACAGUGUGGGAAGGUUCUCCCCGGCCUCUCGAAGCAGGAGCAGUGCUGUAACUCCUUGGGGACGUCCUGGGGCUUCCACCAGUGCAACAAGUGCCCCAACAAACCAGCCGUUCCUCUGAUCGACUGUCCCCACGGAUACAGACGAGUCAACAACACCUCCCACUGCCAAGAUGUGGACGAGUGUGCGUCUCCUGGGGUGUGUCCAAAUGGAAAGUGUCACAACACGAUGGGGAGUUUCCGCUGCUCGUGUCUCCCAGGAUUUAUGCCCGACUCCAGCCUCACACUGUGUCUCCCUGGCCACGCCCCCGUCCCGGAGGAGAAGGGGGCGUGUUUCCGGUUGGUGGGCUCCGGGCACCAGUGUCUCCACCCGGUGUCGGCUCAGAUCACCAGGGCCCUGUGCUGCUGCAGCACCGUGGGCAAAGCCUGGGGCCCCCACUGCGACCGCUGCCCCACCCCCGGCACAGCGAAGUUUAAGGAGAUCUGUCCUGGGGGGUUGGGCUACACCGUGCUCCCAAACCCCAUCCAUAAACCUGUGGCGCCACCAGCAGAACCGCGCCCAGAACCAGAGCCACGCCCAGAACCACGCCCAGAACCGCGCCCAGAACCGCAGUUGAUCGAGAAGACGUCUCCUCCAGCUCCUGUUGAGAUCCUCCCGUCCAACGCAGGACAAGACCUGGCCCCAACCAAGUCUACAGAGGUGGACGAGUGCCAGUUGAACCCGUACAUCUGUGGACCUGGAGUUUGCUACAACUCUGCGCAGGGCUUCACCUGUCACUGCCCUGACGGAUAUCACCAUGACGACCAGCUCAACACCUGCACAGAUGUGGACGAGUGCCUGCAGAGCCCCUCCCUGUGCUCUGGGGGGCGCUGUAUAAACACCGAGGGCAGUUUCUGGUGUCAGUGUCCCAGAGGCUUCAGUGUGGACGAGGACGGGAGCCGCUGUGUCGACGUGGACGAGUGUUUGGACCUGAGCGUUUGUCCGUCUGGGAUCUGCUCCAACUCUGCAGGAACCUUCAGCUGCAGCUCCUGUCCCCAGGGAUACGAAGCCCGACAAGGAACCUGCCGAGACGUGGACGAGUGUGCAGAUCCCGGCGUGUGUGUCAGGGGCCACUGUGUGAACUCUGACGGCUCCUUCAGCUGUGUGUGUGGGCCCGGGUUCAUCGCCGCCCCGACCGGACCCCAGUGUGACGACGUGGACGAGUGUGUCGCUGCCCCCUGUGGUCCUGGAGGAGACUGUGUGAACAACCUCGGCUCUUACUCCUGUACCUGCCCCAACGGCUUCAGAGAAGGACUGGGCCCCGACAACAGGACCACCUGCACCGACAUAGACGAGUGUUCAGAGUCAGAGUCGGACUUGUGUUCUCCUCACGGCGAGUGUCUGAACACCGAAGGAUCCUUCAUGUGUCUGUGUGAAAGUGGAUUCACCUCCAACACACACUCCCCCACGUGUGAAGACAUUGACGAGUGUGGGCUGAACGACACGCUCUGUGGUCCUCACGGCUUCUGUGAGAACAGACUGGGCUCCUACAGGUGUCUGUGUGACCAGGGCUACCAGGAGGGGGCGCAAGGACAGAGCUGCAACGAUGUAGAUGAGUGUGCGCUGCUCUCGUCGGUGUGUGGAGAGGCUCAGUGUGUGAACGUGGACGGCUCGUUCCUGUGUGUUUGUCCCACUGGAUACGAGUUCAACAACAUGGUGGCAAAGUGUGAACCCGUCCCCACAGCGUCGGCGGUGGAGCGUAAAGAAUGUUACUUCCGUCUGAACGACGAGAACCUGUGUGAGUCGGUUCUCACGUCGUCCGUGACUCUGCAGGAGUGCUGCUGUACGGUGGGCGCCGGCUGGGGGGACAACUGUGAGGUGCACCCCUGUCCUGUCAAUGGAACCGAUCAGUUCGAGCAGAUGUGUCCUUCAGGUCGAGGUUUCAUCUCAGCUGGAGAUUCUCUGUACGGAGUCCAGACCAGAACCAUCUACAAGAAUGCAGACGAGUGUGUUCUCUUCGGGCAGGAGGUUUGUAAAGGAGGAUUCUGUCAGGACACAGAGGGAAGCUUCGAGUGUUACUGCAAAAGUGGACAAGACUACGACCCGAGUCGACUCGAGUGCAGAGACAUAAACGAGUGUGUGGACGAGUCGGUUUGUUCUGGGGGACAGUGUGUGAACACAGACGGAUCCUUCAUGUGUUUCUGCACCCACCCACUGAUCUGGGAUCAGAACCACAACACCUGUGUGCUCCACUCCCCUGCUCCAGAGGUGCAGUCGUCGGAGGACUUUCAGGGCGUGUGUUGGCGAGUCGUGACUUCGAGUCUGACCUGCACCGAACCUCUGGGCCCCGAGAGGAAAACCACCUACACCGAGUGCUGCUGCCUGUACGGAGAAGGAUGGGGCAUGGAGUGUGCCCUGUGCCCGCCCACCCAGUCAGAGGAUUACGCUCAGAUGUGUAACCUGCCGUCGGGCGCUCGACCCGGGGCGAGCGGCGGGACUCGGGCGUACGGACGAGACGCUCUGGUCGCCGCACCGAUCCAGACGUACGAACUCCCCGACCAGACUUCAGUUUAUUAUGACUACGAACACCCGUCCGCUGAUGCGUUCGAGGGCCUGCGCUCGGAGGAGGAGUGUGGAGUUUUAAACGGUUGUGAAAACGGUCGCUGCGUUCGAGUUCAGGAGGGAUUCACCUGCGACUGUUUCGACGGAUUCACCCUGGACAUGUCCCGCAUGGCCUGUGUCGAUGUGGACGAGUGCUCGGAGUUGAACCCUCGCAUGUCUCUGUGUAAAAACUCCAGAUGUAUAAACUCGGUGGGCUCGUUCCGGUGCGAGUGUCUGCCGGGCUUCACCGCCUCCUUACGCCCCAACUACUGCGUCCAGGAGGGGGCGCCGGACGGGCAGGAGCCGCGGGGGCAGGGCCGGCAGGAGCGAGGCCGACAGGAGCACAGGCGGGGUCGGCACAGACACCGGGCGGCGGUGGGGGCGGCGGAGGCAGCGGGGGCGGGGCACUGA